GCCCUUGUCAAAUCCUCACUGUGAGUCAAGCUAACUUCCUCGGGUCGCUGUCAGGAGUUAACUGUAGAAACAACAGCAUGGACGAUGUCAGUCACUUGAAGUCACUAUAGGGCUAAUGAAUUUGAGACAUGUGUGGAAGACAGUGCCUUCAACACCACGGAACAUUUUAUCAAGACCUAAGCUUGUUACCUCCGCAACGCUGUCGACGCGGGUAACGUUAACAUUAACGUUAAUGUAGCAGUAAGCUAACAGCUAGCUAAUGUUACUUAACCUGCUUUUUGGCUAACUUAGAAACAGCUCCCGAAAACCUGCCAAAGACUUGAAACAACGCACCAAGUGAGGGAUAUAAAAGCAUCAGAUAUCUUCGAGCUGGUGUCAGAUUUGUAAGCUCUCAGUGCUUGGUGUUGCGCUGUCCCCCCACUACCCUGGUGGUUGAAUUCAUGAGCACGCUCACUGACGGCUGUUCGUAGUCGUUGGGGAUGGGGAAUGGAGUCCAGGAACAACGGACAUCACUCACACAGGGAGAUGUGCUUCCACUGGCUUCCUCCAGUCAGUCAGAAGUGAGCUAUGAGCAGGACCUGAAGUACACUCGGUCUGUCCUCAACACGCUCUUCUCGGGGGCUUUAGCAGGAGCUGUGGCCAAGACAGCUGUCGCCCCGUUGGACAGGACUAAAAUCAUUUUCCAAGUGUCUUCAGCAAGAUUCUCUGCCAAGGAGGCCUACAGGUUGAUCUACCGCACCUAUCUGAAGGACGGCUUCUUCAGUCUGUGGAGGGGGAACUCUGCCACCAUGGUGCGAGUCAUCCCAUAUGCUGCCAUCCAGUUCUGUGCACACGAGCAGUACAAGAGGCUGCUGGGAAGCUACUAUGGCUUUCAGGGGAAAGCUCUGCCUCCAGUUCAAAGGUUACUGGCUGGGUCUAUGGCUGGUACCACAGCCACCAUGCUGACCUAUCCUCUGGACAUGGUGCGAGCUAGGAUGGCUGUAACGCCAAAGGAAAUGUACAGCAACAUUCUGCACGUGUUUGUGCGGAUAUCCCGAGAAGAGGGCCUGAAGACGUUGUAUCGAGGCUUUACUCCCACCAUGCUGGGUGUUGUGCCCUACGCUGGUCUCAGCUUCUUCACCUAUGAGACGCUGAAGAAACUACAUGCAGAGCGCAGUGGACGCUCGCAGCCCUACUCAUAUGAGCGCCUGGCGUUUGGAGCCUGUGCAGGUCUCAUCGGCCAGUCGGCGUCUUACCCUCUGGACGUGGUACGACGCCGCAUGCAGACCGCAGGAGUCACGGGUCACACGUACGGCACCAUCCUGGGCACUAUGAAGGAUAUUGUGUCUGAGGAGGGUGUUAUCCGUGGGCUCUACAAAGGUCUCAGUAUGAACUGGGUCAAAGGACCCAUUGCGGUGGGGAUCAGCUUCACCACUUUUGACCUUACUCAGAUUCUCCUGAAGAAGCUGCAUCAGAUGGGCUACACGGCUCGAUAAUAGCGAUGCAGAGGGACAAAAAUAGGGAUAGUGGGGUGACAAGAUCCCUAUAAACAAAACAACAGAGAAGGUGAAAGAGUGAAGAGUGUGAAUUGCUGGAUAGAAACGCAAACGCACUCUGGCUCAGGAUGCGUGUGUAAUAUUAAUGUAUUCUCUCGCUUUAUCUGUGUGAAACGGGGAAGUACGGUCCCUGUAGAAGUGAGGUAUGUUGGAUGGGCCUGUUUACCUGUACACACUGUUGUCAUGUACAUCAAAGUGCAAUAUGCUUUUAUGUAUGUACACAUAAAUUAUAAUGCCUCAUGGACAAGGUCUGUGAGUGUAUUUGUCAGUCAGAGAGUUUAGAGGUUCACACGCACACAAACAUACUUUGAGGUCUCCCAGCUGCUUAAAACUGACGCCUUCCAAUGCAAUGCAGGUUGCCACUAAUUUACUAGCGAACUUUAAAAUACAUUUGCUUUAAUAAGAGUAAAAUAUGUCCCCUUGAGAUUUGUUUGUGUGAGCAAGUAUACCAAAGUUUAGGAUAUGAGCUAAUUGCAGAUUAUGGGGUGUUUAUAAAGUAUAGUAAAGCACAAUCUUGCCCAGCACAGAGGUUUAAAGUCCAGUAUUUUUUAGUGGAGGUCUUAAAGAUUGAAUUCACAGACUUUUAUUUGUAGUUUAUCUACUGUGCUGACAGCAGACAGAUGUGCUGUAUUGUAUGCCAGUGCCAACAGAUUUGAAGUUUAAAGAGUGCCCAUAUUAUUUUGUUUGUUUUUACUGUAAUCACAUAAUGGGCUUUUUAAAAAAUAUUAUAGAGUUUAGUUGUCUGUAAUAUUAAUGGUGAUAAUUAGACAGAAGUUAUGCAGAAGGAUUUCUAAAGUUGUUGAGCACAACAGCUCCAGUUUAACCUCCUGUUGACAUACAGCCCCAUGUAAAGCAAGCAAUUUGAUAGGUCAUUUUCCAAAUGUGAGAUCAUAAACACUGAUUUAAUGGUUUAGGAGGAACACAUGUUCAGUCUAAUGUAAUCCAGUACAACAGCCCUGCAAUGAAUACUACCUUAAUGAAGUUUACAAUGUGCUGUUGCUGACUCUAGUGUGUGAGAGGUGUGGCUUUAACUCCGGUAAUCUUUUAGUGGUAUUGUUUUGGAUUACAAUAUAUUGAGAGGUGUUUUCUAACUUCACUGAAAUGGACACACACACACAUAGUCAUAUAUUCAGUAUACACAUGUUGUCUUCCAUUAGCUGUUGGUAGGACAGCUGCAGUGUGAUUUGUUUAAAACUUGGCGAGACACUAGAAAUAACUUCACAACAAGGGUGGAUUUAAAUCCCAUUGUAGAGCUGUAGCAGUAUUUGCUAACGGACUAGCUUGAAUGGAAAUAUGCACACACUUCCUGAAGAUAUGAUUUGAGUUCUCUGUUACAGGCAUAGUUCAGCACAUUUUAGCGUUCUCAGUAUUGUAAAUUACCUCAGCACAUUAUGAAAUGGGAAUCUCACAUAUCAAUGUUUUAUGUCGAGUAGUGUCAAAAAUGGGAGUAAGUGCUCAGUUUUCAUUUGACCUUGUGCGAGACCGUUUCAACAGUAUUGCUGCAGGCCUACCGUUGUUGAAGAGUGUCAAUAGUUUCUAUAUUUGGAGCACACGUACUGAGGCAGGGUGUUUUAGCUGGGGGAGCUGGAUGCAGAGCCAAGUGGAACAGAGAGCAGAAAAGUGUCACUUUAUCAGAAUGAAGCAGGAAGCUUUCUCUGAAACAGGGGCAAGGAUCUCAACUGACACCCAAUAGUCAGUUUAAAAAAAAAAUCUAUGACGCUCCCAAAACAAAACCCUGUUUUAUUUGUAUUAAAUAAACUCUACUAGGACUUUUCAUUAUUGAUCAAUCUCUAUAAAUUUAUCAAACAAAAUGCCCGUAAUUAUUAGAAUAAUGCCUUAACAUUGCUUACGUGUUCUGACCAGCCGACAAACAACCCCAAAUAUUCAUUGUAUAAAGAUCUACGGUAAAAAAGCAACUUUUUGUAAUUGAUUAUUUGUUUUUGUCCAUUAACUAAUCAAUUUAUCAACUUCUUUUUCUAUUAUUUCUGUUCAAGGACCCUGGUAUAAUUUUCUAAAUUAUAAAUGUAUUGAUUCUGAUGCUUUAGUUUUUGCACCAGUACCACCAAUACGUUUUUCCUGAUAUCUUACGCCACUUAUUUUUUCAUUUAAUAGGCCUAACUUCUCAAAUGUUAAAUGUGUCUAAGCACAGGCAGCUUACAGAAACAUUUAAUAAACUAGAAUUAUGAUUUAAAUCGGGAACUGUCUGAUCAGAGAGUAAGUGAAGAAGAGAACGAAGCUGAGCAAGCAUUUGUUGUCGGCUAUGAUACUCACUCCUAGGUAUUGAGAAGUAUUGCUAUUAGACACCCGGCCCCAUCCAGUAGGCUAUUCCACUUACACUUGACCCCUGUUCAUUAAACUCUGCUUUCCCCUGGCCUGCCUCAGUCAAACCAUCAUCAUUUAUCUGCGUCGUUUCUGUCUGGUCAUUGAUUGUUUUCCUCAUUAUCCAGUGAGUCAGGAGAAUUGUAGCAGCGCUCUGGUAACCGAUACUUAUACAUAGUCUGAUCUUAAUUCUAAUCAGUAGAUGGUGGAGAACCACGAUGCACUCAGAUUAACAGCAGAUGCAAGUUCAGUAUUUUAAUGUCUGUUAUCUUUACCCCCUGCUUUAGUUAGCAGGAGGGAAAUAUGUGUAGCCGAGUUUAGAUCAAUGACUGAAACCUGCACAUGUUCUGAGCUGAAGCGAGUGCAGCGUAGCAGAAAGUGCACAGUAACUGAAAGCGAGUGAAAGUGGUUACUGACUUUUAAGUGCCUAGCAAAGAAUGGUAAUGUUUUUACUAUGACUUCAGCUACUUCUACUAGCCUUUUUGAAGUUUGCUUCCAUUCUCUAGCCUUGCUUCAGGCUUGAAGUUAAUAUUUAAGGGGCAGCAGAUUUUUUUUGAAGGCGGUUUGAAGUUUGGGGAUUGUUGGACCUCUGUGACUGAAUGUAUUACUUCAGGUCCAGUUUUUGUAUGUGAAUUUUGUAAAACUGCCUUGCAGGGAAUUGCCGUCUAGGGUGAGAGACACGAACCUUGGCUCCCUAACAGACUCAACCAAUCCUUUCCAACCAAUUUAGGACUAAUUUGUGGAAUUUAGGAAGAACUUCAAAGUACAUUUAAUGGUUAUUUGUACCCUUAUUUUAAUUGAAAGAAUGUAAAGAGUACUACAAUGUUAUUUUACCCCAACUGCUAUACCUAUAUAUCAAAGGAGAUGGGUAAAUACAAGAUGAAAUACACUAUAAUAGGGAGAGUUGACAAACCCCUGACAAUCAUGAAAUGCCAAAAAAUGUAACGUUUUUGUUAUAAAAUAAAAGUACAUUUUUUGUUUGAGAACCUGACAGUGGCUUAACGAGGACGAAUACUGAAACACUACGACAUAAAACUCUGGUAAAAGAUGUGAUUUUUAUUUUUUUUUUAAUUUGUACUUGUAAAAGCAAAUUGAAUUGUUUUAACCCUGUUUGUGGGUAAUCCUACAUAGACGUGCAGACAAUGCUACUGUGUUUGCAUGUUCCAGCAGAUCAUCUUGUGUCGUUUCGUUUCAGUGCAGCAGUGAUACAACAGCUGUUUUGUAAAUUCCAGUGAUUUGUGCCAACUGAAUGUACGUAUACAGACCUACUAAUACCGCAGCCUGUGUCCAGUCUCUAGUGAUGAUGGUGUUUCUGUGGGAAAGUUUUGAAAUAUCAAACUCUCAAAUAAAACUGGAUGUUGACAACAGA